AUGGUCAAAAAAAAUAUUAAAAUCGCAACAUUGCACGUUGAAAUACUCAAUGACAUAGAAAAAUGUCAGGAAACCUUACAACUGCUCAAGCGGUUUAAACUUGAUUUAAAAUUAGAUGUAAUUAAUUUACAGGGAAUAAGAUUAUCUCAGCAGAAUAUAGAGUACGUUGAGGAGUCCCUAUGGGGUUAUGAUUCAUUAUGGUCAUCAGAAACGGCAAUUCUAGCCGGAAAUGAAAACGUCCGUUUUGAAGACAUAGAAGAAAUUGAAUACGGACUCACCACUAGUGUCCUAUACUAUGACAGAACUUAUCAAAUAACAAACAUAUACGUCCCUUGCGACACUGAUACAGUAGAUUUUUUAACGUGGAUCCCAUACGGAAUAUACAAAAAAGAUAAUACUGUCAAUGUAAUAGUCGGCGAGUUUAAUAUAAACUCAAGCUCACUCUAUAGUGAAGCGAUGUCUGAUUUUACUGACAUUGUGGAUAUAUUUGGUGAAUCGUUUUUUCAGGACGUGCCAAAAAAUUGUAUCUUGGUGGAUAAUGAUUACACCCACUUUUGCCAAAGUGUUGAGAAAUUUACCUCACACAAACAUAUAAAACCUCUGGUGGUAUGCACUCUCGAUCCAUUCAAAUGGACAUUAUAUAAAAAUUUGCUCGAAGAUUCUGAAAUUCAGAGAAAGAUUAUAGAUAAAAUGGUUAAUGUCAAUACAGUUUUUGAUUGGGACCUCCGUAAAAAAGAUUUUCAAUCUAUAUUUCGCAAACAAAGUCGAAGAAGAAAAUACUCAACUUCCGAAUCAAACCCUUUAGAUAUCAAGGAUGAUUUUGCUUGUUUAGAUGAAAAAUUACGGGAGAGUUUAGUUAAUGCUGGGUGGGCUGAGACUGAUAAAAGGGCAACUUCAACAAUUCGAAAUCCAUCGGCACCUACCUCUAAAAAACCUAAAGACAUUCUAAUUUACGUAAGAAAUUUCUAUCAAGAACUUUAUAAAAACGAUAUAAUUGACUUAAAGAUUGCAAACGAAAUAACCAAUGGUUUAAAAAAAGUAACUGAAGAACAGAAUAAUUCAUUGAUAAAAGAAUUUACUUGUGACGAAGUUUAUAAACUUCUUGUAGGAAAUGAAACCACUAAACUAUUAGGUUUUACUAUUGAUGGAAAGGGACAAUUGGAAGAAAAUUUUUGGGAAAAAAUGGCUGAGAACAUUAAAAAAACCAUGCAAACAAUAGAUGAGCAUGAAUUUUCUCCUGAUGAUAAGAUGCGUAUUGUACGUAUCACAAAGUCUCAUCUUUUAUCUAAAAUUUGGUAUACCGCUUAUCUCUUACCUCCCACCACCAGCCAAUUUAAUAGAUUAAAUGAUUUAAUAAUAAAUUGGAUUCAGGAUAAACUUCCUCCUGAGUCAAAUGACCUAGAUUUUAUGAAUAUCAAAGAUAUGCUAGAUGCUAGGUUAGGAAUGAUCUGGUUAAAGCUACUAACGAGUAACGAUUUAUGGGCAAAAAUAGAAAGGGAUUUUAUUGAAAAAGAAUUAAAAAAACGCAAUAUUUCUGUAAAAACCGCUUUGCAUCAGUCAACCGAACCUAAUGUAUGGCCUUUGGAAUGGAUGUCACAUUUUGCGGCCUGGAAGAGGCUAGACGGAAAAAUUCUCUCUACAGAUUCCUGGCCGUGGGAAUCAAAUAAAAUUGAAAUAGCGAAUCGCAGUGCAAAGGAUUAUUCUGUAGCGGCUGGAAUUGAGUAUUUAUGGGCUGAUUAUGGUACAUGGUCUAUAUUAUAUCAUGAUUAUGCAUGGGAUAUUGUAGAGGUGCAGACACAAUUCUAA